AUGCCCAAACUUAAAACCAGAGCAAUGGGGGUGUGGUUACCCUCAUCUGCAAGUCAAAGCAAUUCUAGUACAAGAGAAGUAGCCUUACAGAGAAGAUAACAUCUGAAACAGACUAAAACAAUUUGAUUGAUCGUCUUUCCUGGGGAUGGAAAAACCCCGACAAAAGACAACUGAGGCAAAAAGCUAAAGGGUUUUGCCAGAAGAAAUUUGAUUGGUUGUUUGCUGUAGUUGGUGCCGCGCGUUUCGUAGACUUCACUUGUAAAUCUCCAAACGGUGUGUAUAAAAAUGAGGAGGUUUUUCACUUGCUGCUUCAACAACCAAGCCACCAAGACAAAUCUCAAGCAAGAAUAUCAACAGGUACCCACCCCAUUUCUGCUCUCUUUGUGCAAUAAAUCAACAGGAAUCUAGGGCAAACAUGGAGACCCAUCAGAAUAAUAACGGCAAUGACCAUUCCGAGACUGUAAGCCAAAACAUGAUUGAUUCAAGCAAUAGCAACGCUCCCAAUAUCAUAUUGAACCAUGAUUUCUCCAGAGGACUAUAUUCCUGGCAUCCAAAUUGCUGCGAUGGCUUCGUGCUUUCAGCUGACUCAGGUCACUCAGGAUUUUCAACAAAGCCUGGCAGUAAUUAUGCAGUUGUGUCGAAUCGCAAGGAAUGCUGGCAGGGCCUGGAGCAAGAUAUUUCUAGCAGAAUUUCUCCAUGUUCCACUUAUUCCAUUUCCGCACGUGUUGGAGUAUCUGGGCUUGUCCAGUACCCUACUGAUGUGCUGGCAACCUUGAAACUGGAAUACCAAAAUUCAGUAACGAGCUAUUUGCUCAUUGGAAAAACUUCCGUGUCAAAGGAAGGGUGGGAAAAAUUGGAAGGCACAUUCUCAUUAGCAACCAUGCCUGACCGCGUUGUUUUCUACUUGGAAGGGCCUGCUCCCGGGGUGGACCUGCUUAUAGAAUCAGUAAUUAUCACUUGUUCCUGUCCAAGCGAGUGCAAUAAUGCAAGACCCUGUGCUGGAGAUGGAGACGGGAACAUUAUUCUGAACCCUCAGUUCGAUGAUGGCCUGAAUAAUUGGUCUGGUAGAGGCUGCAAGAUUGCCAUACAUGACUCAAUGGCUGAUGGUAAAAUUGUCCCUUUGUCUGGAAAAGUUUUUGCUUCGGCAACAGAGCGCACACAGAGCUGGAAUGGAAUUCAGCAGGAAAUAACUGAAAGAGUGCAGAGAAAGCUUGCUUAUGAGGUUACUGCUGUAGUUCGUAUAUAUGGUAACAAUGUCACUAGUGCUGAUAUACGGGCUACCCUAUGGGUCCAAACACCAAAUCUCCGAGAGCAAUAUAUAGGCAUUGCCAAUCUACAGGCAACAGAUAAGGACUGGGUGCAGUUGCGGGGAAAGUUCCUUCUAAAUGGUUCGCCUAAAAGAGUUGUCAUUUACAUAGAAGGUCCACCUGCAGGCACUGAUAUUCUUGUCAAUAGUUUUGUUCUGAAGCAUGCAGAGAAAAUUGCACCCUCUCCUCCUCCAGUUAUUGAGAACCCUGCCUUUGGAGUUAAUAUUAUUCAAAAUAGCAAUCUGAGUGACGGAACCAACAGUUGGUUUCCUCUUGGCAAUUGCACCCUUACUGUUGCAACUGGGUCACCACACAUACUCCCCCCAAUGGCAAGAGAUUCCCUUGGACCUCAUGAACCGUUAAGUGGCCGCUGCAUCCUUGUAACCAAACGCACUCAGACUUGGAUGGGACCUGCACAGAUGAUCACUGAUAAAUUAAAACUCCUUUUGACAUACCAGGUAUCUGCUUGGGUUAAGAUUGGUUCCGGGGCAAAUGGCCCUCAAAAUGUGAAUGUUGCACUUGGUGUUGACAGUCAAUGGGUCAAUGGAGGACAAGUUGAUAUUAAUGAUGGCAGAUGGCAUGAAAUUGGUGGGUCCUUUAGAAUUGAGAAGCAACCAUCAAAGGUCAUGGUUUAUGUCCAAGGUCCAGCUGCAGGUGUAGACUUAAUGCUUGCCGGACUUCAGAUUUUCCCAGUGGACAGAGAGUCAAGGUUCAAACACUUGAGGAGGCAGACUGACAAGAUCCGAAAGCGUGAUGUCACCCUAAAAUUUUCUGGAGGGGGUUCAAGCAGUGUGCUUGGAACUUUCAUCAAAGUCAGGCAAAUGCAGAACAGCUUUCCUUUUGGGUCAUGCAUGAGCAGGACGAACUUGGACAAUGAAGAUUUCGUUAAUUUCUUUGUGAAAAAUUUCAAUUGGGCUGUGUUUGGAAAUGAGUUGAAGUGGUAUUGGACAGAGCCACAGCAGGAAAAUUUCAACUACAGUGAUGCUGAUGAGAUGUUGGACUUUUGUAAGAAGAACAACAUAGAAGCCCGGGGUCAUUGUAUCUUCUGGGAAGUGGACGGUACAGUCCAGCAAUGGAUCAAAGCACUGAACAAAAAUGACAUGAUGACAGCCGUUCAAAAUCGUCUGACAGGCCUUCUAACACGCUACAAGGGGAUGUUCAGGCAUUAUGAUGUGAACAAUGAGAUGCUCCAUGGAUCAUUCUACCAAGAUCAUUUAGGUAAAGAUAUCCGAGCUAACAUGUUCAAGACUGCAAAUCAACUAGAUCCAUCUGCUUUGCUAUUCGUGAAUGAUUACCAUGUUGAGGAUGGAUGUGACACAAGAUCAUCUCCAGAGAAGUACAUUGAACAGAUUCUUGAUUUGCAAGAACAAGGUGCGCCUGUUGGAGGCAUUGGAAUUCAAGGACAUAUAGAUAGUCCAGUCGGUCCUGUUGUUUGUUCUGCUCUUGAUAAAUUGGGUAUUCUUGGUCUUCCAAUAUGGUUUACAGAGCUUGAUGUGUCUUCUGUUAAUGAAUGUGUUAGAGGUGAUGAUUUGGAAGUUAUGCUUCGAGAAGCAUAUGCUCAUCCUGCAGUGGAUGGCAUUAUGCUUUGGGGAUUUUGGGAGUUGUUCAUGAGCCGAGACAAUGCACAACUGGUUAAUGCAGAAGGUGAGCUCAAUGAAGCUGGUAAAAGAUACCUUGCUCUUAAAAAAGAGUGGCUGUCUCAUACUCACGGGCAUAUUGACGAGGAAGGACAAUUUGCAUUUAGAGGCUUUCAUGGAACCUACGUUUUGGAAAUUGAAACCGUUUCCAAGAAGACCAUGAAAACAUUUGUUGUCGAGAAGGGUGAUUCUCCUCUGGUGCUAUCCAUAGACCUCUGAUUGUCUCUUCACUCAAUAAAAAGCUAUGACCAGUGUCAUUCGUGUGCGUGUGUGUACUUGUAAAACACUUCUGUGGAAGAUAAAGGAACAACAACAAUCGCUUGCUGAAUUUGGGAGCUGGUCAUGAUUGUUUGCAGUAUAUCAAUACUAAUACUACAAAGAAACAGUUGUUAUUGUAUCUAAUGUCACAUUAAGAAUAAGGAGUAAAGAUUCCAUGUUGGUCGUGUUACUGUU